AUGACAUGCCAAGGCUUACCUCUGGCGAUUCUGACCCUUGCUCAAUUGAUGUCAACCAAGGGCCACAAUCCCAGAGAAUGGAAUGAUAUUCUCCAGAGCCUUAGUUCAAAAUUGGAGGAUGUCAAUCAGAUCCUGCUACUGAGUUAUAAUUGUUUACCCACUCACCUCAAAUUCUGUUUUUUGUACUGUGCAAUGCUUCCCAAAAAUCGCCGGAUUAAGAUUAACAAUCUAAUACGAUUAUUGGUUGCUGAGGGCUUUGUCACGGAGAUCCCUGGCCAAACACUUGAAGCCGUUGCUAAGGAAUACUUCUUUGAGCUAAGCUAUAGAAGCUUGUUGCAUAUAAUCACUCAUCGGAUCAGUAGGGAGCCUGAUUACUACCAAAUGCAUGACCUUUUACGUGAUGUUGCUUUUCAUGUUAUUGGCAAGGGGAAUUUUGGGGUGAUAUUUUCGGACCAGAUCUGUGAAUUGGAAUCGAAAUCGAAAUCACGCCGUUUGGUCAUUUAUGAAACUACACCCUAUACUGAAUUAGACAUGAGCAACUGGAAGUUGCGAUCUCUUCAUGUAUUUCGUGCUAAUUCAUUUAACUUUUCUCAGUCUCAAAUGUUACAGAGCAUCAAAUUGUUGAGGGUCCUGCAUUUGGAAAAUGUUUCCAUUGAGAGUUUACCCGAUGAAAUGGGGAAUCUGAUUCAAUUGAGGUUUUUGGGUUUGAAGUGUACAAACAUCAGCAAGCUUCCUACUUCUUUGAGAAAAUUAUGCCAUCUUCAAACCCUGGAUAUUCGAGGUACACAAGUGGACUCUUUGCCUGAUGGGAUAGCAGAGCUUCAGCAAUUGAGGCAUCUCAUUUGCAGCACUAAUGUUAGAGUUUCAAAUUUAACUUUCCAAUCUACUCAACUUCAAACGCUCAGUGGCAUGAGUUUGAAUUGUAGUCAGGCAAGAGAACUGGGUCAGUUGACACAGCUAAGGAAAUUGAAAGUAUCCGUCAUUGAGGUAAAGGAUUGUAGUGAACUUUGUGCUUCUAUUGAAAAGUUGCCUAACCUUGAGUCACUGACUGUGCGAACAACUUGGAAUUCGGAGUUCCACCGACCAGGCGGGCUGGAGAGACUGUUGGCUCCACGUUUUCUCGAGAAGCUAGUAUUAAAGGGAAUGCUCAAGACGACUGCCAGAUUUUUUAGACACUCAUAG